ACAACCCACUAACACUCAGCAAAUCUAUUACACAUUUUGAGAUGGAGGACUUGAGCAUUCCAUCGGAGGAUGUUCACAUUUGCCCACGGAGGGAGCACAAUGACUUGGCGCCUUUGAGGCGAGAAGUUCUGCAUUGCUAUGGUGUUGACUUCCUUUCCAACAAGGAGGUCCUCGAGGUAUUUGCAGCCUGGGAACCCAAGGAGGUGGAGUGGUUGGACGACUCCUCUUGCAACCUAGUCUUCGAGACCGAAGAAGCCGUUCAGAAGGCCAUCCGUGAGCUUGCAGUUGCUGGAGAUGGGUUGGAUGCGUUGCGCAACAGUCCAUGGACAAGAACGGGGCCCUUGUCAGUGGGCUCCAAGGACGAAAAGAAGGGGAAGGCGCGACGCGGGGGCCCAAAGAAUUUCUGUUUUCAGCUGAGAGUGGCUUCUGAGGCAGAUCGCAAAGAUCCAACUCACUCUGGACACACUGACUCCAUCUACUAUGCACAUGUUAAGGAGCAGCAGGCAAUGCAGAAGCAAGCCACUGAACUUCGACGCAUGAAGAAGCGUCAGAGGCAAAUGGUGCACAGGCACAAGGAGCCAACUCCAAGCAAGACCGAAGCAAUUGUGGAGAGCGAAGGUAUCUCAAAGAAUGCUACAACCGAGCUAGCGGCAGAUUCAUCUGAUGUGUCAAAGGUCCAAACAGGCUCAAUCCUCUCCACUCGCUUAGCCUCAUGUGGUCUUCUGGAUCCGCUGCUUUUCCUCAAAGCUCCAGCAGCCCAGGGCACAGCCGGUGCAGCGCAAGGCAUACAGAAAUCGGAGGAGGCUGCUCAGCCUCAGGAUUUGAAAGCUAUGCUCAAACGAGCAGAGGCAGAGUACGCAGCGGUGCUUCAUCCAGCAAGAAAAACCUCUGCCAAGCCAGCUCGUGGUCGUGAGGAUGGUCCGAGUGGUCGGCAGCGGGAGGGUACUCCUGGCCGUCCUGGUGGCAGAGAUGGCAUGCCAGCCAAAGGGCAGCAGAGAGGAAAGAAGCGGAGGCCUGUCGAGCAGGAACCAAGGCCCGUGAGCGAGGCUGCACCACCGCAGCGGAAGAUCGAACUGCUUCCUGAGGUUGACGCCUUCUUGAAGAAGCAUGGUGUCAGAUGUAAAAGGUUUGUGCUGCACAGAUCUUUUAGAUCAAUCAAGUAUGCGCAGCAAGAAGCUGCAAAGACCAAAAAAAAUGGCCCAGAAGCAGAGCAACUCCGACGUAGCGGAGUUGUCCUUGGCCAAAAAAACCGAAGGAGAAUCUGCUGUGUCUGCCUGGGAUCAGUACAUGAAAGCCAAUUCUUCUUUCACCUCUCACGGAGUCUUUAUGCAAACCGUGGCCUGGAAAGUCGACGGACGACGGGUCCUUAGUGUGGUGCCUCAUCCGUUGAUGACGGACAUCGAGAAGGUGGCAAAAGCUGUACAGAAGCCCCUCACCGCGGUGCACCAGUGCAAGUUGAAAGACAUCUCCACGGAAACAGGCUUCCCGGUCUUUGUUUGUCCUCCCUUUGGAUAUCCACCUGAUGCCGACGGUCGUCCACCACUUCUACUUGUAGAUAGUUCUGUGACAGACCUGAAGAAGCCUUUGCUCUUUGACUGUGGGACUACUGGCCUAUGUCUCACAGUCAGUGAGUUUUUGCGUAGCACCAGGGCAGCAUGUGUAGAAAACCUGGCGCGCGCAGCAAAGAAUCCCUCUGGCACCGCAUCAGGCGUGAAGAUUUCAGAGCAUCCCUCUGGCACUGCAUCGCCAGAGCCUGCCCCGGAACCAGCUCCAAUCACCGGAGUUAUGGAGCCGUGAGAAAUGUCAAUCGUUCGCUGCAAAAAGAUAUUGGUCAGACAAGGCAUUGAACUGCCCAAAACUCUUGAAAGAAUGUUGAUCUCGGAACAUGCUGUGCUGUGUAGCCAUUGCUGACGUAAUGUGCGCAAGCAGAAAAAUGGGCCCAAAGCCCUGACAGCUUAGGAAUGCUUAGGAGGUGC